AUUCAUACGGAGGAGGGUGUGACUUGUUGGCUCUUUUUUCCGACUGUAUAAAACGAGAAGUUCGCGUAAAAGAAAAUACAGAUGGAUAAGGCUAGCCGGCUCGCUGUGUCACAGAGAGUACCCUUAAGCCAACGUGACAACUCACAUACUGUCCCUUUGUGACCAGCUUCAUAGGCAGAAUGCCCGGUAUCUGCGUGCUUUGUCUGGCCGCGGCUCUGGCUGCGUUCACCCGGCUGGCCGGAACGGUGGGGCCGGUGGUCCGCUGUGAGCCGUGCGAAGCCAGGGCGCUCCUGCAGUGCACGCCGCUGCCCAAGGACUGCACGGAGCGGCUCAGGGAGCCCGGCUGUGGCUGCUGCAUGACGUGCGCUCUCGGUGAAGGACAGGCGUGUGGAGUGUACACGGCGCGCUGUGGCUCCGGCUUGACCUGCCAACCCCAGCCGGGGGAGAGCCGACCCCUGCAGGCUCUGCUGCAGGGACGGGGAGUGUGCUCCAGCGCCGUGUCCAAAAAACUCAACAACAUUCUUAUAACGGCGCAAAAACAAGAUAACGCUGGAAAUCAGGUAGUAGGCUGUUCCAACAAGACCACAACGGUGACGAUGGUGCCUGGCGUGGUGACCGUGAAUGGUGGGCACAGUCGGGGGUCGAUUGACAGCAGGCUUCCGAUGCAGAACAAGCUGAUCCAGAAAGAUCAGAACAAGAAGACUCAAAGCUUCAAGUUGGAAUCGGUUUCAAGGGGAGCCAACAUGGACAUGCACAACUUCUCCCUGGAGAACAAGAGGGAGACCGAGUAUGGGCCGUGUCGGCGGGAGAUGGAGAGCAUCCUGAGCGGUCUCAAAAUCAGCAACGUGCUCAACCCGAAAGGUUUCCGCAUACCCAACUGUGACAGAAAGGGCUUCUACAAGAAAAAACAG